AGCACACAGUAGGUGAUGCAGAAAGGCCAGUGCCCUUCCCGUCACCUAUCCUAUCUCUCCUCAAGGCCCCAGACUCUGUUCCUCCCAUCUCUCCCUGUGUCCCCUCCAGAUGCCGGGACGCUCUGCCAGCCACUCCUUUCCCCUGCCUGCUGUCGGGCCAGGUGCUCCCUCCUCCUCCCUCUUCCCUCCCCUGGGCCCUGCUCCCUGCCCUCCUGGGCAGCCAGGGCAGCAAGGACGGCACCAAGGGAGUUGCCCCAUGGACAGGGCCCCACAGAGACACCACCGAGCCUCGCAGGCGACGGAGGAAGCCGUCCUGCCUCUAAAGAUGACAAAGAGCUGCUGGCUGCAAAGAAGACCCACACCUCACAAAUUGAAGUGAUUCCGUGCAAAAUCUGUGGGGACAAGUCAUCUGGGAUCCACUACGGGGUUAUCACCUGUGAGGGGUGCAAGGGCUUCUUCCGCCGGAGCCAGCAGUGCAAUGUGGCCUACUCCUGCACCCGUCAGCAGAACUGCCCCAUUGACCGAACGAGCCGCAACCGAUGCCAGCACUGCCGCCUGCAGAAGUGCCUGGCCCUGGGCAUGUCCCGAGAUGCUGUCAAGUUUGGCCGCAUGUCCAAGAAGCAAAGAGACAGCCUGCAUGCAGAGGUGCAGAAACAGCUGCAGCAGCGGCAACAGCAGCAACGGGAACAAGCGGCCAAAACCCCUCCCGUGGGAGCCCAAGGAGCAGAGCCCCUCGCCUGCACCUUGGGGCUCCCGGAUGGGCAGCUACCCCUGGGCUCCUCGCCUGACCUGCCAGAGGCCUCAGCCUGUCCCCCCAGUCUCCUGAGAGCUCCAGGCUGCGGGCCCUCCUACUCCAACAGCCUGGCCAAGGCCGGGCUCAACGGGGCCUCGUACCACCUGGAAUACAGCCCUGAGCGGGGAAAGGCUGAGGGCAGGGAGAACUUCUAUGGCACAGGCAGCCAGCUGGCCCCGGACAGGGGUGGACUUCACUCUGAGGACUCCAGGCGUCCUGGGCUUGGGGAGCCAGGACGGGGCCUGGACAGCUACUUCACCCCCAGUUUCCGCAGCACCCCAGAGGUGCCUUAUGCUUCCCUGACGGAGACUGAGCACCUGGUGCAGAAUGUUUGCAAGUCCUACCGGGAGACGUGUCAGCUGCGGCUGGAGGACCUGCUCCGUCAGCGCUCCAACAUCUUCUCGAGAGAGGAGGUGGCUGGCUACCAGAGGAAGUCGAUGUGGGAGAUGUGGGGACGCUGUGCCCACCGACUCACCGAGGCCAUUCAGUAUGUGGUGGAGUUCGCUAAGAGGCUCCCGGGCUUUAUGGAGCUCUGCCAGAAUGACCAGAUCGUGCUGCUCAAAGCAGGAGCCAUGGAAGUGGUGCUGGUCAGGAUGUGCCGGGCCUACAACGCUGACAAUGACACAGUCUUUUUUGAAGGCAAAUACGGUGGCGUGGAGCUGUUCCGAGCCUUGGGCUGCAGUGAACUCAUCAGCUCCAUCUUUGACUUCUCCCGCUCCCUGAGUGCCUUGCGCUUUUCAGAGGAUGAGAUCGCCCUCUACACAGCCCUCGUCCUCAUCAAUGCCAACCGGCCAGGGCUCCAAGAGAAAAGGAAAGUAGAACAGCUGCAGUGCAAUCUGGAGCUGGCCUUUCAUCAUCAUCUCUGCAAGACUCAUCGCCAAGGCAUCCUGGCAAAGCUGCCACCCAAGGGGAAGCUGCGGAGCCUGUGUAGCCAGCACGUGGAAAAGCUGCAAACCUUCCAGCAUCUCCACCCUAUCGUGGUCCAAGCUGCUUUCCCUCCACUCUACAAGGAACUCUUCAGCACUGAAAUCGAGUCACCCGAGGGACUGUCCAAGUGACCUGGAGGAGGGACUCCGUUGCCUUUCCUAUAGCCUGCUGGCUCACCUUUCCCUUGGUCUUUUCCUUUCCUGUGGCCCCUGGAGGGUGGUCUCUGACUGUUUGGGGGAAUGGGUGAACAAACGCUGAGACUGGGUUUCAGCCCACCGGCCUGCCUGGCAGCAGGCCAAGAGCCAGAGGGUCGGGAUGGAGGGACUCUGUCCCCAGCCUCAGCUUUGUCUGGGCUCCUUUCCCAUGCCCUGUCACCCCCAGCUUCUGGGAGGCCUGGGGUGGGAUACAAGGACCUCUUGGAGGACCUAGGUAUCCUCAGGACAAUAGGGGGUUCCAGGACACCCUGGAUGAAUGGAACUCAACUCUGGACUCAGAAGCUAAGAAUAGGACUUUGAAAUACCUCAUUGCAUUUCCCUGGGGCUUUGGCUGGGGUGGUGCAACAAGCUUGGAGACUGGCGGCCAGAGCCCAGAAGGACCUGCGUAUAACAUGAAUCUGCAUCACUAGGUUUGCUGCCUGCCCCCUUCCUUCCAGCUCAGCAAGGAGAUGGUUAGGCACUCUGGGGUCUUAAAAAAAAAAAAAAAAAAAAAACUGGAUAUGUGAAGGGUAAGGAUGGGAUGGGAGUAAGGGAGGGGCUGGGGAUGAUAAUUUUAUGGGAUUUGCAUAUAGGGAUAGGGUAUGAUGAAGACCAAGAACAUCACAGACAGACAGGUAGAACUCAGACUUAUGUGCACUUUAAAAAUAGACUUUAGGGGUUACCCAAAUCUAUCAGAGACACACAUCCACAGACAGGUGAAACAUACUCACACACUCAACCUGCAGUCAUGUGGCUCUAUAGACACAUUUAAUCUGACACAAUCUGUCUUCCUUGAGGUCACAGCUCAGAGGAAUUUAGCGGCCCCAGGGCAGAGUCCCAAUCCUGAGGGAGCCCAGAACAUUUCACCUGGUGCCCUAGUUCACCAGUCUUAGGCCAGGGGUGGCCCAAACUCUACACCAGCCGCAGCUGUCUUUGGUUGCAAGAAAUCGCUAAAAGAAGAGGUAGCUGGACACUGAUCAGUCACAGGGCCAAGAACAGACCCUUGGAGUACUAGUUGUCUGGUCCCCACCCUGCAGCCCUGCUCUUGUGAUGAGAAAGGAAGCAGAUGCAAUUCCAGCACUCUCUUCGUGGAUACCGCUGGGUCCGGCAAGGUGGAGAAGACCGUGAUCUUGCCCGAGAACUUCUCUUGGUUUUAUAAAUAGCUGUGUGCCCUGCUUGGAGGGAAACAGCAGGUGGUCAGGAGGUUUGGUUUUUCUUUCUUUUUUUUUUCCUCUCAGGGGAGUGUAAACAUAAACUCCAACCUGUGCCAUUCUUUAUAAAAUGAUUUCAAAGGCAA